GUUGCCGUCGUCACCAUGUACGCAGCAUCGCUGUGCCCGGCCGCCCGGAUCGGUUCAUUGAACCCGGACACCUUCCCGUCGUCACUCACUGAUCACCCCUGCUUCGUCCUUCUUCGCUUUGCCGUUCCCGCCUAUAUAAAGAGAGAUCCAGGCGUCCAAGGCUCCAAACCAACCCCAACUCUGAAAGCCUUGAAGAGCAAGCUUGAGCCUCGAGGAUCCAGCUGUGUCUGUGUGUACAUUGUUGUGCUUGUGCCCAGCACGGCCAUGUUCGCGAGGAAGGCAGUGUCCGCGGACGCGGGGCGGGAGGAGGAGGAGAUGAGGCGGAGGAACGCCGAGCUGGAGAGGGCGGUGGCGGAGGCGGCGGCGAGGGAGGAGCGGCUGCGGCGGGAGCUGGAGGCGGCGCUGGCGCGGCUGGCCGUGGCCGAGGAGGCCGAGGAGCGGCUGUGCGUGCAGCUCGGCGAGCUGGAGGCCGAGGCCGUGACGCAGGCCAUCGAGUACCAGGAGCGCGUCAGGGCGCUCUCCGAGAGGCUCGCCUUCGCCGACGCCGUGGUCCGCAGGCCCUCCGGCUCCGGCUCCGGGAUCGCCGCCGGCGUCGCGGGCAAGGGAUUGAUGUGAUGUGAUCCAGCGGCAUCACCGGUACAGCAUCUCACCGGCAAGCUGGUGAUCGUGUAAAGUUGUGAAUGAUUUGUUCUUGUUGUUGUUCUUCUUCUUAACACGACGGCGAUUGGUGUGUGACGUGUAGAGGGUUGUAAAUUAGCUUGAGAUGUAUACAAGGUUAUUGCUGGUUCUAUUUUUUUUAUAAAAUGGAACCAGAAUGAUUUGGCUCUUUGCCCUCCAUUUCUAAUCAUGAAAAGAAAAGCCUUCAAGUAA